ACGAAAUAUUUUAAUGCAUUAAUUUGACAUCUGAUAUUUGAUCAUGAAAAAUGAAUCAUCUUAAAACAACUUCUGCCCUCUGAAACUGACACAAAAGUAGCCAUGUGAUUCUUCGUAUUAGUAUGUUAUCCUAUGGCCACUCUUUAAAGUUCUCUAAAUUUGUCAAGUGUCAGUUUCACAAUUUGCCUCCCUCAGAACAAGGGGGAGGGACUUCCCUGGCAGACCAGUGGUUAAGACUUCCCUUUCCAGUGCAGGGGGUGUGGGUUCUAUCCCUGGUGGGGGAGCUGAGAUACCACAGGCCUCCUGGCCAAAAAACCAAAAUAUAAAACAGAAGCAAUAUUAUAACAAAUUCAACAAAGACUUUAAAAAAAGAAAAAAAGUCCACAUCAAAAAGGUCUUUAAAAAAAAGGGGGGGGAAUCCUCUAAUACAAACUAGUGAUUGGACAAUCUUUGGCAAACUUUAACAUCAUCAGGCAGCGAUACCACUUUAAGAAAAUUCCAAGGAAAGGACAGCCCCAUUUUAAAAUUCCCACCUCUGGCUCCCAAGGAUUGGGUUGCAAACUUAGAUAAAACACUCUUCUCCACUCCCUAUUGGUGCAUGCUCUAUCAUUCAUUCUCCCUGGAAUUUUGUGAGAUACUACGUUGCUUUAUGGGAAAAGGCUGCGCCAAUUUAGUCUGGAAUUGCCCUACUUUAGACUUUUUCUGGUUAUCAAUCUGUACAAAGAAUCACCAAACUGAUACAGCGUGGACCAAACUGAUAAAUCAGGCUGCCGGGACAUUGUGUAAUUCGAUCGAAAAAGAAACGGACAACCUCUCAAGCACAUCGAGUAUUUGACAAAGGAUUUUACAACACAGUGAGAGAUGAAUUUCAACCAAAAAAAAAAAAGUUGUGACUGAAGAACACCAUGGGAAGAUGGGAGAUAUUUGUACUCAGACUGUAGGCUUUCACCUGAUCUGUUUCUCUGAGACAAAACUCAGUUCCAUACCUCAGUGAGCUGCUACCAUGUACCAGAUGAUAUCCUCAGUGUUGGGCAAAAAAAGAGGAUAAUGUAUAUAAAAAUAUGCAAGAAUCACAGGAAACUCACAUAUCCAACCACCUGGAAGAAAUUGUUGCUGCCGUCAGCAUAACACCUAGAAAAAUGCUCCAAAACAAGCUGCCUCAGACAGCACUGUUUCAGCCUCCUCGAGAGAAACUCCACCUCUGUGAAGAGAAAGCAAAGUCCUAUUCUAGCAGUCAUGAGUAUAAACAGGCUCUCCAGGAGCUUGUGCGCUGUGUGGCGCUGACGAGGAUCUGCUAUGGUGACUCACACUGGAAACUGGCCGAGGCGCAUGUUAACCUGGCUCAGGGCUACCUCCAGCUGAAAGGACUGUCACUGCAAGCAAAACAACAUGCAGAAAAAGCCAAAGAAAUCCUCACCAACUCCAUUGUGCAUCCCUACAAUGACAAUACAGAUGUUUUCAAGUGUUCGGUUGAGUUAUUCCAUACCAUGGGGAGAGCCUUACUCUCCCUUCAAAAGUUUAAGGAAGCUUCAGAGAAUUUGACAAAAGCAGAGAGACUUUCAAAAGAGCUGCUGCAAUGUGGAAGGAUUAUAAAGGAAGAAUGGAUAGAAAUUCAAACGCAGAUCAAAUUGUCAUUUGCACAGGUAUAUCAAGGUCAGAAGAAAUCAAAAGAAGCUCUGCCCCACUACCAAGAGGCUUUAGAAUAUAUUGAGAUCAGUAAAGGUGAAAAAAGUCUUGAGUGCGUACCAACAUUGAGGGAAUUGGCAGGUGUAGAACAAGCCCUGGGAUUUCACGAUGCAUCCAUCAACCACCUUUUACAGGCGCGUCUCAUCGUCCUGAGCAGAAACCCCUCUCAAGAGGAGGCAGCCGUGUCCGCACACUCCGUCGCCUGUGCUGCUGUCGCUUCUGGAAGGCCUGAGCACCAUGAUGUGGCUGAGCAGUAUUUUCAAGAUAGCAUGGCUAAUCUUAAGGAUGCUGAAGGGAUAGGAAAAGCCAAAUUUCUUUCAAUUCAAGAUGAUUAUUGCCAUUUUCUACAAGUCACUGGACAAAAAGAGAGAGCUACCUCCAUCCUGAGAGAGUCCCUGGAGGCCAAAGUGGCAGUGUAUGGCGAUCUCAGUCCCGAGGUGGCAGAGACAUACCGGCUCCUGGGCGAGGCUGACCUGGCACAGGGGAACCAGAGAGGGGCCCACAAGAAACUGAAGAAGUGUCUUCAGAUCCAGACCCUCUUAUAUGGACCACAGGACAAGAGGACUCUGGCCACCCAGCAGACCAUGGAUGUCCUGUCCAAGGCCCCCGAGAAGGCCGUGAAGCCUCGGCAGCCCCCAAGAGCCAAGGCGGCCUUCUGCACCAGCGGGCCACAGCACACUGCGCUGGGGAAGGCCAGGCCCAACGCAGACGACUGAGCCCACCCCCACCAAAAGCUCUGCUCAUGCCUGGGUGCUGACACUUAGGGUGCUCUAUAAAUCUCUCUCCAGCCAGAAGGUAGACUUCAACAGUCAUUGGCAGAUUUUCUAGGCUGUUUGCUCCAAAUGCAACAGCGGUCCCAUAAACUUCCCAUGGGCCACCUUUUGACAGUGGAUGCCCUUCCCGGUGAUUUGGCGCUGCUAUAAAGCAUUUUUCUUUUUACCACCUUAGUGGUUUUCCUUGCCAGCAAGAAUUUUUACCCAUCAGCACUACUGUGGCUGAAGGCUUCUCUUCAAAAGUUCGAAACUUCCUGUGUAGGAAAGUAGACUCAACAUCUGAUCGCACACACACACACACACACACACGCACACACACACGCACACGCGCACACACACGCGCACACACACACACACGGUGUAUAGCCCCUUGGGCAGGCCUGGAGUCAGAUCUGGAGCAGUAAGAUUCUGGGGAAAGCCCUUUCUUAUAUAGGAAGGUAACAGAAUAAAAUGCUAAUAAAAGGAA